AUGACAUCUCUGGGAGCCAGAUCGAGAUUUGUAGUCACUGCUGGCGUUGGAUUCUUCGCAGAUGGCUAUCUCAAUUUGACGAUUGGGCCUGUGGUACCAAUUCUGGGUUACCUAUACUUCCAAGAUGGCAAGGUACCGACAGUCGACAGCGACAUCAUGAAAAGCGGCCUGAGCCUGGGAACGGUAGUUGGUCAGCUUCUUUUUGGGGUUCUGAGUGAUGUCUGGGGUCGCCAUACUAUUUAUGGCAAAGAACUUCUCCUCACUAUAUUUGGAACCUUGAUGGUAGUCUUGUUGCCUUGGAAUCGGAUGUCGGCCCAGUCUGUGACAGCAUGGAUUUCAAUAUUCCGUGUUAUCACCGGUGUAGGGAUUGGGGCAGAUUAUCCAUUAUCUUCGUCUUUAUCGGCAGAAAAGUCACCAUUUGGCUCCCGUGCUAUCCAAAUGUUGACUGUUUUCUCGAAUAUCGGCCUCGGUAAUAUUGCGGCCAGCAUCGUGUUUUUGAUCUUGCUCAAGGCAUUCGAGGGGUCGAUAGCUGACAAUAUGAGCCAUCUCGAAUGGGUCUGGCGUCUACUAUUGGGAACACUGCCCUACAAGCAAUAUGUCUGUGAUGACACUACUGGGCAGAAACGCACAUUCAAGAAGCAGUGGGAAGACUUUUGCGAGUACUUCAGUCACUGGAAACAUGCCAAAUUGUUGUUCGCAACUGCAGCCUCUUGGUUCUUGUUCGAUAUCGCAUAUUAUGGUAUCAAUCUCAACCAAAGCAUUAUACUGGCAAGAAUUGGCUAUGCCCAUGGAGCAACACCGUGGAAAACUCUGUACAACACUGCUGUGGGUAAUAUAAUCAUACAGGCAGCAGGGUAUCUCCCUGGAUUCUACGUCGGCAUCUUCCUUCCUGAUCGCAUCGGUCGUGUACGCCAACAAUUCUGGACCUCUAUCAUGGUCUCCAUCCUUUAUGCUAUAUGGGCUGGAAUCAGCACACAAAGUGCACACACCCCGACAGCGGGCUUGAUGGUUAUCUUUGCCCUCUCGCAGUUUUUGCUGACUGUUGGUCCUAAUUGCACAACGUUCUUGAUCCCCGCAGAGGUGUUCCCAACGCGUGUUCGAGGCACAGCACACGGAAUAUCUGCUGCUUCUGGAAAAUGCGGCGCCAUUAUAACUGCAUUUGCUUUCGGUUCUGUUGAAGAUGCAAUUGGCUUGGAGGGUGUCCUUGGAUUGUUCUCAGGAAUCAUGCUGCUCACUGCUCUUGUAACCUUGCUGAUACCCGAGACCAUAAUCACACUCUUGAGGGCAUUGAAAAAGAUGAGCUUUAUAGAGCAAGCGAAGCUGUUGCCGAGCUUCCACACUCUAACGUUGAGGCAGGGAACAGGGAGCUAUAUGUGGUAA